GAUUCGUUGCGCGGCAUCUAGUUUAACCGCAGGACGACUAAGCCAGCAGUCACGAUGGCCGCAUCUGGACAAGAUAACCUGUCGGAACUGUCCCCUGCUGCCGCCCCAAAUUUGGAUUGGUAUGAGGAGCCGGAAGAAACUCAUGCUCCCGAGGCAGAUCUUGAGACUGUCAUCCCGUCAGCCCAGGAACCUUGCAAUCCUUCGGAGCCCUUUUGCCCAAGAGACCUGGUGCCGGUGGUGUUUCCUGGGCCCGUGAGCCAGGAAGGCUGCUGCCAGUUUACUUGUGAACUUUUAAAGCAUAUCAUGUACCAACGCCAGCAGCUCCCUCUGCCCUAUGAACAGCUGAAGCACUUCUACCGAAAACCUCCCCAGGCAGAGGACACAGCAAGGAAGAAACCUCGGCUUGCCACUGAGGUGAGCAGCAGGAAGUGUCAUCAGGCUUUGGCGGAGCUGGAGAGUGUCCUCAGUCACCUACAAGACUUCUUUGCCCGAACACUCGUGCCACAAGUGUUGAUCCUGCUUGGAGGCAAUGCUCUCAGCCCCAAAGAAUUCUAUGAACUCGACCUGUCCAGGCUGGCCCCAUUCAGUGUGGACCAGGGCCUGAACACAGCAGCUUGCUUGCGUCAUCUGUUCAGAGCCAUCUUCUUGGCAGACCCAUUUAGCGAGCUGCAGGCUGCCCCGCUCAUGGGUACCAUUGUCAUGGUACAGGGCCACCGUGACUGUGGAGAAGAUUGGUUUCGACCCAAACUGAACUACCGGGUGCCCAGCCGAGGCCACAAACUCACGGUGACACUGUCUUGUGGCAGACCUUCUGUCCCAGCCAUGGCUUCAGAGGAUUACAUUUGGUUCCAGGCACCAGUGACACUUAAAGGUUUCCAUGAGUGAAGGGAUAAGGACAAUGGCUGAAUCCUCUCCCCCUCUCGUGCCAGGGCAUCCAUCUUCCUGCUGAGGGAGGAAGGUUCUGUCCUGGCUGUGUCCUGGCUGUGUGCCUCCUCUUCCCAGACCUCCUGGUGACUGAUGGUGUGUGUCUAUGGCUGUGAUAAUCAAGCAAAGUCCCUAAAUCAACGACUGAGUCCCAGAGGCCCCUGUGCCAGGUGGUUCUGUUUGGGAGUAGAGAGCAAGGCUGUGCCGGCAGACCCUCUAAGGGAGACGAAGGUGCGUCUCUGCUUUAUGCUAUGGAUUUUCAGAACCGUUACCAGCAUCAUAAUGUGGGUGUGAUUCAUGAAUUUAAAUAUGAUGAGAUGAACAGAACUAUAUUAAAAUUUCCUAACACUUUUGAUUUAGA